AUGUCCAGUGGGGGAAGGUUUAAUUUUGACGAUGGAGGGUCCUACUGUGGAGGUUGGGAGGACGGCAAGGCUCACGGCCACGGCAUCUGCACCGGCCCGAAGGGGCAAGGCGAGUAUGCGGGCUCCUGGAGUCACGGCUUCGAAGUGCUGGGCGUCUACACCUGGCCCAGCGGGAACACCUAUCAGGGCACCUGGGCGCAAGGGAAGCGCCACGGCAUCGGCGUGGAGAGCAAAGGCAAGUGGGUGUACCGAGGCGAAUGGACUCACGGAUUUAAGGGACGCUACGGGGUGCGCGAGUGCACCGGCAACGGGGCCAAGUACGAAGGCACCUGGAGCAACGGACUGCAGGAUGGCUACGGGACAGAGACCUACUCGGAUGGAGGGACAUACCAAGGCCAGUGGGCCGGAGGCAUGCGCCAGGGCUACGGCGUUCGGCAGAGUGUCCCAUACGGCAUGGCUGCGGUUAUCCGGUCGCCAUUAAGAACAUCGAUCAACUCUUUGCGCAGCGAGCACACCAAUGGCACGGCAUUGCACCCCGAUGCGUCCCCUGCCGUGGCUGGGAGCCCCGCUGUCUCAAGGGGGGGAUUUGUCCUGAUGGCCCACAGCGACGCGGAGAUCCUGAAGAGCAAGAAGAAGGGCAUAUUCCGGCGUUCCCUGCUGAGCGGCCUCAAGUUGCGCAAAUCCGAGUCCAAGAGCUCGCUAGCCAGUCAGCGGAGCAAGCAGAGUUCCUUCCGCAGCGAGGCGGGCAUGAGCACCGUCAGCUCCACCGCCAGCGAUAUCAAUUCCACCAUCAGCCUGGGCGAAGCCGAGACCGAGAUUUCCGUCAUCGAGGAUGACAUCGAUGCCACCACCACGGAGAUUUACGUGGGCGAGUGGAAGAACGACAAGAGGUCCGGCUUUGGCAUCAGCCAGCGCUCCGAUGGCCUCAAGUACGAAGGGGAGUGGGCCACCAACAAGCGCCACGGCUACGGCUGCAUGACCUUCCCCGACGGCACCAAGGAAGAGGGGAAGUACAAGCAGAACAUUCUCGUCAGCGGCAAACGGAAGAACCUCAUCCCCUUGAGGGCCAGCAAGAUCCGCGAGAAGGUGGACCGGGCCGUGGAGGCAGCCGAGCGGGCAGCCACCAUCGCCAAGCAGAAAGCGGAGAUUGCAGCUUCCAGGUAG